AUAUAAACGUCAAAUUCUGUAGAAGAUACUAUCAAUUGAUGUGUAAAAUUGACAAAUUUCUAACAAAUUUUAAGAUAAAUGAGAUGAAACUAUGAUGUUUGAAAAGACUCGUAAGCAAUGGCACAGAACAUUUCCAUAGACAGAUUUUCCUGUCGCAUAAGAUGUCUAGCACUGCCAGUCAGUCCUCAAGCAGUAAUGUUGGAGGUGUUACAACACCAACAUCUGCCAUGCCUGAUUCAGGCUUGGGGAUGAACGCCAACCCUCCAUCUGAUCCAAACAGACCCAGAACUCAGAAAGAGGAAGACGAAGAAGCAUUUAAAGAGCUUUGUGCAAGCAAUGGACUCAACCACAGUAAAAUACAAAGUGGAGAACAGUGCACUGCCGAGGUGCUGGAGAUGUUUUUCUCUGGGUAUCCAAGAAUUAUCUACAUGGACAAAUUCCCAUGCCUGCAUACACUGGUGUUCAUGGGACAAAGUAUCAGUAAAAUUGAGGGUUUGAAGUCUCUUACAGGACUGAAGGAGUUAUGGAUCAGUGAAUGUCAGCUUAAAAGCAUUGAAAAUUUGGAAACAUGUUCAAAACUUGUAAAAUUGUUCCUCUAUGGAAAUGAAAUCUCUAAAAUAGAAAAUAUUAGUCAUUUAACACAUCUUGAGGUUCUUUUUUUGAACAACAACAAAAUAAAGAAUAUUGAGAAUUUAGAAAAACUGAGGAUGCUGGAUACUUUGAAUUUAGCUGAGAACCAGAUAGAUAAAAUAGGCCACUUUUUAGAUGCUAAUCAUAAAUUGGCUGAACUGAAUUUGUCUGGAAAUCCUAUUUCAUCUCUCAGGGAGCUGACACACUUGAUGAGGCUGCCAGUAUUAAUGUCCCUGAGCCUGAAGGACCCCCAGUUCCCCCCUGCCCCAGUCAGUCUGCUAUGUAACUACUCUACACAUGUCCUUUAUCACCUUCCCAACCUCAGCAAAUUAGACACUUAUGAUGCCAGCAAGAAUGUGUGUGAGCUUGCAGAGGCCACAGUAUUGAAGAAAAAGAUGUACUAUAACAUGAGAGUAAAGACCAUAAAACGCAACAUGGCUGACAUUGUGUCCAAGAUGGAGAUUUACAAAUACAGACUACUAGAGUUUCCACAUGAGAGAAUUCGUAAUCUCAUGAACUGUAUAAAGGAAGUGCGUAGAGAGUUUGAAGAUUUGAUGAUGGAUACAAUAGAUAUAUCAGUGUUUAAUGACAUGGACCAUGACAGCAAUUUAUUAUUGGUUCAGGAUUUAGAGGAGGAGAGUAAGCUACAGAAACUGGACGAGAGCGGGGGAUUUACUGCCAAGAUGAAUUCUCUCAAGGACAGGAUGAAGAAAUGGGAGAAAAAAGAAGCAGAAGUUGAAAGCUACCAAAAGGAAGCUUUACGUAGAGUAGAAACCCAGGCCGAGGCAGUGAUGCGAAGAAUGGCUAUUGAAUUAGAGUCAGGGGGAAAUGUGCGCUUUGAAGAGGGAACAACAUCUGAUGUUUGGUUCUCUUCCUGUCAUGAUUUAGUGCUCUCUCGGUUCUGUGCCACAGACUACAGAGAACACGGAAUUGCAGGAAUCAAGAUACACAGAAUUCUACGAGUCCACAACAGAAUGCUGCGCAAGCGUUUUGAUGACAGACUUACAGGAAUUGUUGAUAGCAUUGAAGGAGAAUACUUUCCAAGCAACAGGAAUACUGCUUACAAAAAACAGUUGGAGUACCUGUUUUGGAUCUGGGACCCUAACCUUCCUGGAGGAGUGCAUGAGUCAACAAGAGUGGUGGAAGAGGGAUUCAUGGAUGCCAUGUCAUACAAGGCUCUAGGAAAAGAUGGGGCUGUACCUUUGAGUAACAGUCUGAGUCUAGCAGACAGACACAGAACAAGUUACCUGAUGAAAGAAAGCAAGGAAAAGGAAUACACAGACAACUGUCCAUUCAGAUAUGGUCAACUAGUCAUAUCAAAAGUGUUUUUGGGUAAAAGUGUCAAGGCCAUUGAUGAAAGGUUAAUAACUAGGUCAAACUAUCCCAAAAUAGAUGCAGUCUUCAAACCUCGUAAAAUGUGCAUUCCACCAAGUGGAGGGGACUCGAUACACAACUGUGAGUGCAGUGCUCGGCAGUGUGAGUGGUACCUGUUUGACAAUGAACUCAUACUUCCAGAGUAUAUUGUGGAGUUUGAAUAUGUCACAAAGUUCCGGUCAAAGUCACCUUUUGCAACAUUUAGUGACCUCAAUCUUGACAAUAAAGAAUCCAAGAUCCCUUUGGUGCCCCACACAGAUGAUGACCCUUCUGUAGAUGAUGAUGUCUUAGGAAUGGAACCACUUCUGAAACAGAGACCAAGAUUGACUAUGUUAAAUGAGGAUAUACUGAUGAAGCAUGUGGAAGUUGAUUCUCUGGAAGCCAUAACUGUGUUAAACCUCCACAACAAUGGAAUCAGUAAACUUAGGCCCAUCCACUCUUUGUAUCAUCUUAAACGACUUACUGUUAGCUUUAAUGAACUCAGCAAGCUGGAUGAAGUAGCUAGUAUGGGAUUGGAAUAUCUUGAUGCCAGUUUUAAUCAAAUUUCCACCUUAGAAGGACUUAAAAACAUGAUGAAACUGAAGUUCUUUGACCUAAGUUGGAACAAGCUGACAAACACGAGAGAGGACUUAUCCAUCCUAAGGAAGCAUGCUUGCAAUUUGUUGACCCUUGACCUCCGACACAAUCAAUGGCUGAAGCCUCAGCAUUUAAGGCUGCGUGUGAUUGGACGAUUGAAGUCACUGACCCUCCUUGAUGGGUCAGCAGUGACGGAGCAUGAAGCUACAGCAGCAUUACGUGUGGCGGCUGGAUCUCGAAUCUGUCAGUUGUCACUACUUACACAUGCUCGAGUGGACUCCCACAGACCGCGCUCACUCAGUCUUAUGCCUACUGCUGAAAUCUUAGAGAAGCAGAGUCACCACAGGCCAGAGAAAAUCAGUGAAACAGAUACACUUUGGUACCAGAAGGUGACCUCUCUGUAUUUGGAUAAUCAGCAUAUCACAAAACUAUCUGGUUUAGAGAGAUUGGAAAACCUUAAAUAUGCCUCUUUUAACAACAAUGACAUCACAAAAAUAGAGGGUUUGGAUCAUUGUGUAAGAUUACAAGAACUUUCCCUGGAAAACAACUGUAUCAGUAAACUAGAGGGUAUCUCUAAACUGAUCCAGUUGAGGAGGCUGUGUGUGGGUAGUAACUUCCUCACCACCCUGGAGAACUCUGGCAUCCAUUAUCUUGGACACCUGACUUACCUGUCAUUGGAGGAAAACAAACUUACCUCUCUGUUAGGGCUACAGAAAAUGUCCACUCUUGUUGAGUUGUAUGUAGGGAACAAUAUCAUUGCCAGUGUCAGGGAAAUCUUCUACCUCAAGAUGCUGUCAAAUUUAGUCAUACUUGACUUGUUUGGGAAUCCUCUUGCCACAGAAACAGACAACUAUAGACUCUUCAUCAUUUAUCAUCUUAAAAAUCUCAAAGCAUUGGAUGGAUCUGCAAUAGAAGCUAUGGAGGGAAAUCUUGCCAAGGAUACUUUUGGUGGUAGACUUACACAAGACUUUGUAGCAGAAAGGCUGGGUCAUUCCAACUUCCAUGAUGUACGGGAGUUAGACCUACCAAACUGUAGUAUUCGCAUUGUAGAUCUGGGAAUAGGGGAUACAUUUCUCAACCUUAGAAGUGUGAACUUAGAACACAAUAAUUUGACUUCCUUCAGUGGUUUGAUUCAUUUGCCAAAUAUAAGGGUGCUGUGUUUGAAUCAUAAUCAUAUUGAAUGCAUUAUGCCGAAACAGAAACCGGUUAACAGAAUGUCCAAGCAGGGAUCAAAUAAAAGCUUGGAAUUUUUCUCCAAUGACUCAUCCACUCCUAUUAUGGAGAGUUUAGAGGUGCUACAUUUAGGUUAUAAUGGAAUCAAAGAUAUGUCCAUUUUACAGUUGAGCAGACUAACUUCACUCAAAGCUUUGUUUCUACAAGGAAACGAGAUCUCUAAAGUGGAAGGAAUGGAGGGACUUCAUGAUCUCAGGGAGCUGGUUCUGGAUCGAAACAAAAUCAAAAUCAUCUCGGAAUUGUCAUUCGCCAAUCAGUGGAAUCUACAAGAACUCCAUAUUGAGGAGAACAGAGUGAGAGAGUUAUCUUACUUGAACUGCAUGGACAAUCUACAGAGACUUUACAUGGGCUCCAACCGCAUCCAGGAAAUUUCUGAACUAGAGAAGUUGGAGGGGCUAAAUAAUUUGAUUGAGAUCUCUCUAGUCAACAACCCUGCUGCCAGACGUCACCUUCAUCGUCCUAUCCUGGUGUUCAAACUGAAACAGAUCAUGAUUAUUGAUGGGAUCCCAGUCAGUGAGGAGGAGAGAGGGAAGGCUGAGCUCUACUUCAUGGACCAGCAGGUAGCCACAACUCAGCCUUCAGCCAGUGAAGGAUCACUUCCUGGUAUCAACCAGAUUAAGACACAGGUCCCAGUCAAAGUGACGACAAUGCAUCUGGGUUCCUCCCCAUUGUGGAAUGGAGGUGUUCUGUAUGAUGAUAGUGCUCAGGAUGCCAUCCAGCGAGGUGGUGGUCGUAGAAGAGGAACAGGGAAAGAACCCACCCCUCCCCCUAAUCAAGGCAUGAUGAAUCGUGCCAACACUAUGGUAUACAAUCCUUCAAACACUGGUUAUGGGGGCUUCUCCUACACCAACAAUUCGGUAAACUCGGGAGCACGGCCACAGUUUUAUCUCAAUCAAAUUCCCUAUGUUCAGCCUCCUUCACAGACAGAGUAUGUUGAAUGGUUUUCAAGGAUAAACCAAGCCAAAAAUAACAGGAGGUGAACUUUUCUUCAACAGUUUGUAAUACUGAAUAGUGGUGCACAUAGAUGUACCUACUUUGUGACCUGAUACAGUGACAGAUCAGAAAAUUUGGACAUGUAUGAGUGCUAAGCUCAUCUCAAGGUGAUGACAUUCAUUAGGGUUGGUGUGGAAAUAAUUAGUGUAUACUACAGAUGCUGUGAUAUCCUGGACAAAAAUACUGUUAAAACUUGAUUAAUCUAUAUUCUAGGUGCCAAGACUAAUUAUAAGUCUCUGCUAUAGUGUCUCCAUCUCUAGAAUGGUGAUUUAAUUACAUUUCUUUGUAUAUAUCUAAUUAAUACAUAAUAAGCAGCACAACAAUUUUAAAUUUCUUCUAUAGACUUCAACUCAUUUCUGCUGUAUUUUAUCUUUAAAGUUUAUGCGCAAUUUAGGCAAACCCUUUUCCUCAGCAAUUAUGACCAGGUAAAUUACAUCUUUCUUAAUUGUAUAUAUAGAUCUAAUACACUGUGGUAAGCUUAUAAUGUUUAUGAAAUGAAUUCUCUUAAUUUUGAGGUAGUGUACAUUUUGUGGCCUUAUAGCUUUGAUUCCUUAUAUUUAAGGGAUAUUAUUUUGUUCAUAAUUUAAUCAAACAUUGCCAAAAAUCUCCGUCCUAUUCAAGACUUGUUUCAAGUUAUGUCCAUGAAUAAUUUCAUGAUUUUCAAAUAGAGGGAUCAGUAUAUUUCGUGUUUCUUUAAUAUUUAUAUGACACGAACUGCAGUGUCAGUUUGUUUAAAAAAAAAAGCAGUAUUGAGAGAGAGAGAGAGAGAUCUGUAAAGAGAUACAUGACUUAGUAUGAAGAACUGACUGUUAUAUGUAUGUGGAUGUUGUUAAUUAUUAUGUGAAGUUUUUUUGUUGUUGAUAUGUAAAUGAAUUUUAAAUAGAGUCCAUAUCAAAUUAUCUUUUCAAUGCAAUAUUGCAUUCCAGUUACAUUAUAUUUUCAGCAGAAUGUGUAUACUAUUAUAUAUAUGUCUUCAUUAUUGAGUUUUAUUUUUGUGAUAUUUGG